UGUUAGUUCUAUUUCACAGUUAGUGAUUACUCUGUCUUAGUAAACCUCUACUUCUUAUAGUUUGCUUCCCUUGAAGUCGUAUAUCGAAUGAUAUCAUGCGCUGCAAAGGUGUUAUGUGCAUCCACAUUAUAUUUGUAGCAGGUGAGUAUGAUAAACAUCGAGAUUCCUGUCGAUCAGAUCUCUUGCAGCCAUUUGUCCAUUCCAAGGGUCAAAGCGAGAGUGAAAGGGUGAAAUAUCCGCACAGCCCAUACCACAUUAUGCAUUCAGUUCUUGGAUACAAAAAACGACAAAAACAAUACAUGGCUAUCGGGAAAACAGAUUUGUUUAACAAUAGUAUUGGGCUUUGCGGAAAUUUUACUAUCGAAAGUUUUCAGACUCAGUCGAAGACGUAUAAUAAAUUGCGUCGUCAUCGAGGAUAUCGAAUUCGUUUGCGCUUUAGAAAUGUAAAGUUUGGUCGAAAUCGGUAAUUAGAACGAUGCUGACUUUUGGUCCUUGUACAAACGCAGAUUGUUAGUUCUUGUAUGCCGCAAAGAACAAGGGAGCAGUCGUUUCUUUCCAACAAGAUUUCCAUUGUGAGAAGAAGCAACUGUAUUUGUCAGAUAACAUGACCGAAAAAGGUAAAGUCUCCGCACAGCCCCAUACCACAUUAUGCAUUCAGUUUUUGGAUAGAGAAAACAACGACAAAAACAAUACAUGGAUAUUGGGAAAGCAGAUUUUUUUAACAAUAGUAUGGGGCUGUGCGGAAAUUUUACCUAAUAUUAAAUUGACGCAUGCCCUGCUUAAUUGAAGUUAACCUAUUCAUAUUUUCAUAUUCGACUGCUCUUUCUUCUUCGCUGCAUUGUUUUCAAUGAGUUAUAUUGCCUACACAAAUAUGCAUGACUGGGUUAUUUUAACAGUUCAUAACAAGGAGACUAAAGCAAAUGGAGCGAAUAAGGAUUAGCUUACGAAUAAUUGACUGAAAACCACAUUUAUGAAAUUUCAUAAGCAUGUUGUUUUCUGUCAGAGAACUUUUCGAACGCGCGGAUUUCUAAACCAGUUUCGCAGAAUUUCCCACUUGUGUUGCUGAGAAUUCCGCACGCGCUGGUUCGGUAAUCUUGGACUGUAUACUUUCUUUUGAUUCAGGCUUUAUUGACGACAAUUCAGCAUUGCACGUUCCGUUCUGCGAUCUAUCUACUUUAUUACAAUCUUAUCCUAGGGUUACAAAAAUGUUACAUUUAUUAGCUGAGGAAAUCCACACCCAGAUACGUAAUUCCGUGUGGGAUAUCAAGAUUCACUCACAUUUUACAACGAUUCGUGGGCACUAAUUUCCUUUUAAACAUGGUUUUUUUUCGACAAUCAUGCUGCUAAGUUCCUACGCGCUUAAACUCCCUGCAAAUGCCUAAUUUCAUACAUCACUGCUCGCAGAACUCAUUUGAUUACCCUAUGCCGCUCCCAAUUACAUGCUACUUCUAAUUAUAACGUUGAAUGUACUUUAACGAUAACGAAAUUACAACUCACUUAAUACACAAUUAAAUUCAUAAUAAAUCUAGGAAAUCAAUUUUUUCGUGGAAACAUUUCACAACGCCAAUCCAAAAGCGAGAGUAACAAAAGCCAACAAACACACUGGCAACCAAAAGAACCGAAUAAAAGCAGAGGCACAAAGAGAGAAGUAAGAGAAAAAAAGUAAAGUCAACAGCAACACACGGAAAAAAAAAAAAAAUACAAAAACAACAUGAAAAACAAUACCGAGAAAAACAUAACCAUGCUGAAGCAAAACGGUUAGACAAACCAUCAAAAGUAGGGAAAGGCAAAGCAAAACACCUUUAUCCCAGAAUUAUUUGACACGAUUGGAAUGUGCGAAUUUAUUUCAAAGUGUGAUAAACUGCAACUUAAAGCACGCUCACGCUCACGAGGUUGCUUUCUCCUUUUUAGCUAGUCAGCAUCACGAUCAAAAAUGUUUUUGGAGAAAUAGAGCAAAAUUUUUUUCGUCUUGUAACGAGCGUGGAACAAAGCGUGUUCCCAUGAGGAAUCAAACUUCAGGCCUUCGGAAUUCCUUUGAGUCACAGAGCCACCGAGAUCAUACGGUGAGCGAGGACUAUUACCAAGCCAUGACCUUCGUGGUCUUUUUUCUUUUGAUGUGUCCAGCGCGUUUCUCUUUUGCUGAAUUGUACUUUUUUCGGCCCUGAUCUCUGCUAAGUCCCCCCAAUUUAACUGAGUUCUCUAAAAUGUUUUCCCCACAGUGUUACUUAGACAGGCUGUUGGCCAAGAUAUCGGGAAAUGCAAUCUGACCACUUUCACGAAGGGAGGACAGCAAUGCCAGAGGACUCUGAUAUCAAACUUGAAAAACAACACCAGCUUGAAUUGCAGGUUUGGAGGUUUGAUUAUAGCUUCAGCGAAAAUGGCCUCUCUUUUAUUAUCAAUUUCAAUGUGUUUACCACUACAAGUCAUUUCCUUUAUGGUCGUGGAAUUUGGAAGCUGCAAAAUAAAACUUGAUCAGAAAAAAAAGAAAAUGUUAUUGGAAAAGCGUGUCACUAUCAAAAAUUAAAAACAUUUACUGAUUUAAUUCCUUUGUUUGAUGUUUUUGCUUGUUACGCUUGUUUUCUUGGCAGCUUUGAAUACGAAAAGCAAUCUAUCUGUUUGAAUGGUCAUGUCAGUAGUUGCGUGGAUGGUGUUCCGCUGUUAAACGCGUUUAAAGGUGAGAUAGUGAAGCUGCUUGAACUGUUAGUUUAUCACUGCGGAAAGCUGAGUUUUGAGGUGUCAAGAAUAAACCCCUUAAUCCUCGGUCAAGUCGAUUGCGAUGCAGGAAAACUGGAAGGGAUGGUUGGCUGCUGGGAUGAUUUCCGUACUACUUUUAACGCAAGCAGGAACGAUUCCUCAUUAUGCAGGUAGGUUACCACCGCAGAUAAAAAUUUCUAUGAUCAUCGACAAGUGAGCAUUACUGAAAAAAAAAAACUACUUUCUAUAGCCUUUUAUUUACUCUUGAAAGAUUGAUUAAUGGAUUGGUGGAUUAAUGGAUUGAUUGACUGACUUCUCAUUUUUUUAUUUUUUUGAUUGAUUACUUGAAUUAUUGAUUUAUUAAUUGAGUAGUCGGUUUGAUUAAGUGAUUGAUUGAUUGAGAAUUGGUUAAUUGAUUGAUUCAAUCAUUCAUUUACGAAUUAACCGGUCAAUUUGGUGUUUUGAUUGGUUGACUGAUUAAUUGAGUAAUUGACAUGACUAGUUGAUUAACUGAUUGAUUAACAGACUGAUUGAUGAUUGAUUAAAUGAUAUAUUAAUUCAUUCAUUUGCAAAAAAAUUGGUUAGUUGGUUCUUUUGAUUGAUUGACCAAUUAAUUGAGUACUUGACUUGACUAGUUGAUUAAUUGAUUUAUGAUUGACUUAUGAUUCAUUGAUUCAUUGUCUAAUUCAUUCACUGAUUGACUGAUUCCUUAGCGAGUCUGUAAAAUUGUGUUUCCAAUUGACUGCUAGGCCGCUCAUUGUGUAUCAUCACCUAUUUUUUCAAACAUAGUAAAUAUGCGGAAGGGAAACAAAAAUGCACCAACAUGGCAAGAGAAUCGUGUAAAGAUAUCUGCCAAUACAUCACCAAAGACGACUAUAAUCCAUUCUGUGCCGACGGAAUGGACCCUCCAACACAGACUACUUUGUUUGGUAAACAUUUUAUGCCGUUUAAAUUUUUUUCUUCCUCUCAAUAGUUUACUAUGACCACAUCCAACAAGAAAAAAGGUUCUCUUAUAUGAAAAGCUCAUACCAAUAAUGUGUCUUCCUUUCUGCAUUGGGGUCACGUCUUUACCAGUUUCAUAAUUGGCGUUUGGAUCCUUCGUUCGAUAUCAUUUAAACUGUUUAAUGAUGAAUAAAUUUUUUUAAAAAUUAAAAUUGCUGGUAGACGUUUCGUGCGAGUCAUCCACACUUGUUUCCAUAACAAAAUAUCAUCAAAUAAGUUGGUGUUCUUGUCCAACUUUGGUAACGUACAACUGAGUAUGCCGUCUCCAUUUUCUCUAUAUCAACAUUUUUUUUCCUGUUUUCAGACUGUAAUCCUCUCCCCCACCUCUGCCCAAAUAAUGUAGUUUACGAUAAUGCGAUGAGGUGUGAUACAGAGAGCUUUAAAGACUUUGCUUCCGGGAACAAUUGCAGGUAAGAGCGUCAGGACAGGUUCCUGUUACAACAAUACAACCAGGGCGAACGUGUACUAUAGUAAGUUUAGCGCCAGACGUAUGAUAUACUCUUACGCUAGUGAACUGCGAAACUCAUAAAUCAUGAUUUCAAAGCAUAGACUACCUUGGUAAAUGAAGUAAAGGAAAAGUAUUGCUACUGAAAAAGGGGCAGCACACCAUAACACCAGUGAUUGCGCAGUGGUUAGUACUUAGAUAAUCCAAAUGAUGACAGAAUCCAAUUUGGAUGUACGUUUGACUUAAAAUCAUGAAUACAAAAACUCCAUCUUCUUUACAAGGUGCAAAGUCAGAUCAUUAAUUUUCUUUGACCUGUAUAAUAUUACGGUACAGACGACCUUUGAAAGAGCUAUCUGGUAAUUGUAUACUUUCUAUACAGGAAUUACUAAUCGCUUAGUAAUUUUUUUACCCCUCAUUUAGUUUUUUUUUCAGUCUAGCAAUCUAAUCCUCUGCUAAUACGUGCACGACUGUUGACUAAGGCAAGCAAAGCAGUGUUACUUUCCGGGAUCAAAUACCCUGCCCCUGUAGUUUGUAGAAUGCAAUUAAAAGUUACUCACUAAAUAUAUUUACCUGUAGCACGGUCCUUUUGAAAAAUAAGAAUUGCUUGAGAGAGAAGUUGGUUACGCAGUGCUCUUCCAUGCGAGAUGAUAAAGUUUUUGAGGACAGUGUGAAGACUCUUCGAGCAACUCUGAUGGUGGAGCAGUUCUUUUGUGGCAAAGUGACUCUGGACAAGGCCGCACUUCAUGAAAGCGUUAAGACAGGUGAUUGUAAGCCGGCGUUUUUCACCGCUGCUGAGAAAUGUGCGGAGCCUUUCAGAAGCAUAUAUGAAAAUUCGGUGAAGAAAAAGUCCCAAGAAGUUUGCUCGUGAGUAUAUGAUACGCUGAAGUAUCGAUAUGGUUACACUUCAAUUUCAUUUGAUUUAUGUUCUUAUGCAACUGGGUACUCACAACAAGUGAGUCACGCUGUCUAGGGAAUGAAUCACUAUCUGCUGGGUUCCGGUGGAUAAUAGUUUGUUUUGUAGAAAUCUCGCAACAAGAUAGCGAUUAUCUGGCGAGUUUCGUCAGCCCUCAUAAGGUGAUGUCGGGGGCGGGUGAGGAGAAGAGUGUCUGUGAUGAACAGGCGUUCCUUUUAAAAGAAGAUUGGUAACACUUCAAAAUGGUGAAGAAACCGGGAUCAACCCCGGUAGCAUUUGUCCCCUUUCAAAGGUAUCUCCUUUCUGUUUAUUCUCGUGUCACCCCACCGAUAAUUCUUUCUUGGUUUGGUUACAACCAUCCAUUUGAUUUCUAAGUUGGGGGGAGAAAUGGGCUGGAUUUAUUUUAGAUUUUUCUUGAUAUCCCUCUGUAGUAACGGAAAUAUUUCUUCUACUUUUCAGCUCUUUUGCAGAUGCCAAGAAGUGUCUCAACAGAGCACACGAGGAAAGUUGUAAUUUUGACCAAAGCUCAUUAAAGGCGACCAUGUUUGGUGACGAUAACCCUUUUUGUGAAAAUGGUAAAGAUCCAUUAAGGAGUGGAGUGAAUGGUGGUCAAGGGACUAUACUAUUUCUGUUCAUUACCAGCAUCGCGUUUUUAGUUGGACCUUGAGAUCAAGAUUUCUCCCUAACCAGACACUUUAAAUUGUAUGAUGCACGCUAAUGGUAAUGGGAAAUGGUAGUGGGGAGAGCCAGACCUUAAGCACAAAUGUAACUAUUGUCAACUAAGGAAGCAAAUAAGAAAGCUAGCGAACAAAUCAAAACAAAACAAACGAACAAAUCAAAACAAAACAAACGGGUAAAUAAAAGAAGAGAAAAGUGUGAAAAAUAUUAGGACAAAAAACAAUGACGACAAAAAUAAUCGUUAAGAAACUUAUUUUCAUGGUCAAAAACUGCUUUACUAUUUCAGUUUCGUUUGUAUAUCGUUUGAUCUCUGGUUGUUUGAUUGUUUUCCUUUGACGCUCCAUGCAUAAUUUGUUUUCUGUUCUCGGUUCUUGUCGCAAAUCUCAGCCGGGAUAAUAUGUAUUUAUAUUCGCCCAUUUAAUACAAUCUUAAAUGAAACUCAAACUCUUUUUUUCAGUGAAAUAUAUCUUUUCAUCCUUAUUCUUUAGCGUUUAAAGGGUGAUCACUUCAAUCUUUCCUAGUAUUUUUAAUAAAGUCAGUUUGAUAGGCAAUAGCCUUCAAAGACACCACACAAACUCACGUUUUCUCAUUUCGUAUUUCUUAUCUUUGAAAGAACUGAUUUGGAUUUUUUUUUAUUCCCAUGCACUUUCUUUAAUGGAAUUCGUGGGCUCUCGUGAAGGUACUGGGCAGCCUGUGUUGUAAGCGAGAUCGGAGUUUGACACAUGACUGAUGAUAAACUAUGUAGACCACUAGAGUAGUUGAUUGAUUCACGGUUCAGUUACUGUGUUUAUCUCUAAAACAGAGUGCGUGAGUUCUGCUUUCCAUUGUAGCUGGAUAUUCAGUGUUACCGGGGAAAAAUGGCUCCUCAUUUGGGCGGAACAUCCCCGUAGAACGUACUGCAAAAACUUUUUAUCUAUUCCUAUGUAGUCCCUUUCUUAAUUUAUAAGGAUCGAAGUUUAGUCAUGGGUGACCUGUGUUGCUGAGCUUAGAUAUGACGUUAUUAAGUUUGACAAACGAUUGAUCAUUCACAAUGCGGUAAUGCCAGUUGAGUGCAUCACUGUUUGGUUGUUAUGUCCAUUGAUAAACAGGUCAAGAGCAUCUAAAGCAAAAUGUUUACUAAAACAUUCUAGAACAGUCUUUCGAAAAACGUUGGUUCAUUGUGGCACCUUGCCAACUCUUCAUAAAAUACACUAAUACACCAUGGUGUCAGUUAAAAUUAUUUCUGCUAGUCAGUCCUGGGAAACUAUAGAUAAACGACGUAUGUGGAAGGACGGCGCUGAUUGCGCUGGGAAAUUGACGUAACAAGGAGUGUCUACUGUUAGAAAUCUGCCUCGACUUCAAACCCGUCCAACCGGAACACAUAUCCAAGCAGAAAUGUGAUAUAAAUUAGGUAUUCCUGUUGAUAAACCUGACUGAAAAUCAUUUAAGAUACUUAGUUUCUGAGACCUCGUGCAAACUUUUACCCUGAAUUUGCUUCCAAUAAUGGACAUCUGACUGGGACAACUGAGAAACACGUAAUCGUACAGCUUCUAGAACGACCCCUGCAGAUAUUAUGGAAAUUAUUUGUGUUCCCUCUUUGAAAUUAAUGCUGUUAUUUUCUAAACAAUUAUGCAUACAUUACUUAUCACCAAAUGACGUUGUAAGCAUAUUUCAGAAUAUUUUUAAUUACUUUCGAACGUGAGGGAGUUUAAGUUCCUGAGUAGUUUCAAAAUUUGUAGACCCAAAUUUCCAAGAGGAUGAAUGACCCUUUCAAAGGAACUUCUUUCGUGUUUAUAAUGGCAGGUGGGUACAUUAUUUCACAGAUAUUUUGAGUAAGCUUCAAAGAAAGUCCCUAGCAAGCCAAGUGAAAUACAAACUAUGGCAGAAUGUAGUUAUCUCAUGUUAGAAAGUUUUUGUAAUUACGAAGAAAGCUGUUUAUCUUUAUUAUAAUCGUGCCAAGUUGAUAAAAUUAGGGUCUACUUGCAGUUUUAUCAUCGGUCGAAGGAGUGCGUGGUAAUUCGAUUAAAGUUGCAUUGAUGAAAGUCUUUCGCUUUCAAGCGAUUCUAAGAAAAAAACAUUUCAGCCAAUAGUUUUAUAUGAUAACCCUAUCUUGGAAUCAUGCUGCUACAGAUAAUACCUGUGUUCGAUUUAAAGCUAAAGAGAUCACUCUGAAACACUACUCGCGUGCUUGAAGCGUCAACAUCUGCAUACUGGGGCUACAUGACCGAUAAACACGCGAGUUGAAAAAUCUAGAUCGAUCAAUCACCUGCGCAAGCAUAUCACGAUAUCCAUAUUUCUUCCAGGUCCUUUUUGGGAUUGGAUUAGAAUGUUAGAUUGAAAUAAGAGUUGGGCAAAUUCUCCGUCAAACGCUUCGCUUAAAUCAAAAGUCAUUCUGCAUAUUGUUAACACGACAAAAACGUCUUUACGACGUUUACCUGUUGCCAAAUGGACCUGAAAGUGUUAUCAUUGAAAAAAAUUAGACCACUAACUUGACUUAGUGCUCCAGCUACAUAAAAUUGCGAGUUCAGAAUCAUCCAGUAGCUUGCGUAAUCAUCCUUGUUCUAUGAUUUCCUUAUGAUUUCCUUAAAUUUAUCUUAAAGAAAUAUAUUUAAAAAUUAUCCACCGAAGGCUAAAAUUGUUGAAUAAUUCCCAAAACAAGAUCGUUGGAUUAUUUAACAAUGUUCACUGAGCCUGUUGUUCGCUUGUUUGAUUUGUUUUUGUAGGUUUGUCUUUAUCUUGCUCAAGGCGUCCAAAAGGAAAUUUUUCAAUAACACCUUUACCUUAACGAAUUGAUUUCACCCAGAGAUGAAAAAAAGCUCCAUAUUAUCGUUCGGAUCGUCCGAGCUGUCUGACACAUUCCAGAAUAAUUGUAACGGAAACCAAAAUGAAUGAUUACUAACGACCUAUUCGACUGCGGCGAUCGUGACUCGAUUAAAUUUGAGUUAAUGCCGAUCGUCGCUGCUGUCAACAAUCUUCUGGACAGAGUUUCUUUGUUAUCAUACCGAUAUCGUCUCGUUAUUGUUUUCGGAGACAACGGGGACGAUAUACCGCUGAUCUUUGAUUAAUUGAUUAGAACUUACCUUAUAUUUUUUCACUUUUAGUUCUACAGAUUCAAACAGAAGGCGUGAACAUCGGAAAAUGUUCUUUAGGAAGUUUUACUAAUGGAGGGCUAGCCUGUCAACGGGCAAUGAUGAUAGAACUGAAGCAGAAGCCCUUUAUGUCUUGCAGGUGAGAUCCACUUUAAUGCAAAAAUUUUAAUCAGGCACUGAUUGUUUACUCUUUUAUUGCGGUUUUGCCUCUACAGUUUUUACGUAGCUGUCUCCAUGUGCGACGAAUUACGGAUUUUUCUCUUUUUCCUCGUUUUUAAACCAGUGGUACAGUUAAGAAGUGUCUUCUCUAGCACAAUUUCCCACUUGAAUCAUAUUAUUAGCCCUUCCUGAGCCAGGUUUAAAGAACGUGUGUGGCAAAGGUACCUAUAGAUCUCAUUUGUUACGCUAAAUGACGUAUUUCAUUAUUUUGUUCCUUAGCCUUGGCCGCAGUGAACUGCAAAUAUGCCUUCGUAAACACGUGGAUCGUUGCGUAAAAGACGACAGUGUUCUGAAAGACAUGGCGGAUCAAAUCACCGAUUUCAUGCUCUUGUAUGCGUACAAUUGUGGGGACGAAGAAGUCAAUACCGGUAAUAUUGGCCCAUUCUUGUGGCUCAUCACCAAAUGCGCACCAGAACGUCUGAAGAAAGCUUACGAGUGCUGGAGAGAAUUCCAUUCUGUGUUAAGUCAAUCAAGGAAUAACGUUACUAAUGCAUGCAGGUAAGUAGGAUUGUCACCGUAGACUGCAACUGAGUUUACCCCUACCACCUCAGCAAGAUCGCCCCCCUUAGGGAUAACAAGUUUGAGCACACCUAAACCAAUUCACUACAAUAUCUUUAAAAGAAAUAACGAUUUCCAUAGCGAAAGAAUAAGGUUUGCCGUAUUCAUACGAAAUGAAAGAGUCAGGGACGAACUGGCAAAGGUGGGAGGCGAACUCUCUUCACUUCAUGCGGCGAACUUGCAAAAUUGGUAAGGGGCGAACUUGCAAUGGGGUGAAACCUCCAUAAACCUCCGAAACCUUGGUCUCAGAGUCGAUUCGUUUAACUCCGGACCUAGAGAACCUUCCGCGACCGCGCCACCCAGCUGAUCAAACCUAAAUGAUCAGAAAUCAGCAAAGCAAUGAGAAAGAUUGAAGAUAUGUUUAGAAUCUCCUCGUUUACUCAUGCAGCCUAUCAUAGCAAGCAAGGAGAUUCCCAACCUCAAUGAUUAAGGGGUGUGAGUCUAACCCCAUACUAGUGAGAAGGUUUGCUAGCGCUUUCCAAACCUGAUACAUGAUAUGAUAAUAUAUAUUAUCGAAAAAGGAUCUUCUCAAAAAGGUCGAACGUAACUACAACAAACUACACUCAUUACCAAGCUACCACCUACUAUAACCUCAAUGUCUAAUCUUUGAAGACCCUACGCCAAAGCGAAAGAGGACUGCAAUACGGCGGCUAGAGCAGCGUGUGAAGGACUCUGCGAUUACUUGAAAAUAGAUGAUUACAACCCCUUCUGUGCUCCCAAUUUCAAAGACCCGGUGAGCGGCACCAACCAGUCAGGUAAGUCUCACAGGAUGAAAUGACUAAAUUAAGUUUCCUUAAAGGUAACUUAAAGGUUAACAUUAGAAGUAUUUAAGACAUCUUUAGGUGACAUACGAAAGUUCUGAAAUGAAUCUUUAAUUGAACUUUCAGAAGUCAAUUAAAGUCUCCUUAUGAACCAUUUCAUGAACACUUUAGGAUCACAUGAAAGUAAACCUAAAUAACCAUUUAAUUGACUUUAAGAAUCCUCCUAAUUCUCGUAAACUCGUCUUUAAUUGCCAAAACUUCUACUUGUAAAGGCAACUUAAAGGUUUCUUUAAUCUUUUGUUUCCCUUUAAGUACUACUUAAAGUUGCAGGUUUUGUUGUAAUUCAUCUUUAGUUGUACUUUCAGGUCCUCUUAAAUUUCAAGUUUUGUUAAAAUUCAUCAUUUAGUGACCUUUAAGUGCCUCUAAAAGCUGUAGGUUUCACCUUAAAUUGACUUUUGAUUUGCUUAAUCACACCCAUAUUUAUAUCAUCAUAACUUAUAAUAUUUUGGGAAACUUCUAAAUUGUUAGAAAGAGACAUCACACAUACAAGCAAUUACAGAAUGUUUGAAAUUGCAGUGAUGAAAUAGUUUCGUUCAAAACUCACUUCCUCCCCUGAGAUAGAGUAAACCCACAAAAAGCUGAGGAUAUCUCAUUUGAGGCACAUACAUAAUUAAAAAAGAGACAUCAAAAUGUUUGAAUUACUAAUUUUCAUACUUUAUUAAGAUUGUUUCUCUUUCAUUAAUGUAUAAUUCAUAUAAUCUCAGUCAUCUAUAUAGAAUAGAAUAGAAUCUUUAUCACUAUAAAAAUAUAAGAACUACAGACUAUAACUAGCUGUAGCAACACACUACACAAAAAGCUAUUAAUUCACAAAUUUCACUCUCAAAUCCAGCCACUAAGAAAUGCAAUUUGAACUGAUACUAACAAUAAAAAAUAAGUUCAACCUAUCAAUCUAAAAAAUCAGUAUAUUUUUCUAAAUCAAUUUAAAUUUGCGAUAGCUAUCAAUUAUUUGCCAACCUGUACAUCAAUAUGGAAAAAAGUAUCUCAUAUGGAGGAAAUUAAGUAUAAAAUUGAAGAAUUCACAAUUACUUACUUUAGAUAAUGAGACCAUUAAAAUUGCUAAUUAACAUAUUCAAUGAAAAAGAAGUCUCACGCAGGCAUGUUAAAAGACCUUCAUUCUAGACAUGGCUGAUUAAUACUUUAUGAUCUGGAUAUAUUAUACAUUUUUAAAUUGAUAAAACAAUUUUUUUUACUGCCUUGUUGCCCACCCCGGAAAAUUUUCAGUUGGUGGGCAUCUCAGAGAAGGUUGCCCAUCAACUCUGGGUAGUAUUCUCUCCUUAGCUCUUGAAGUGAGUUUUUUCUUAUAGGCCUUAUCAAGUUUUUUUUAAAUUUUUUCAUUCUUCUACUCUCCCAUUGAAGGCGAUGGACAGAGUAUUUUGUUAAUUUUGAGUUAUUUAUAUCAUUAUCCUCGUAACAGCUUUCUUCACUGCUCAUCGCCUCCAUCACAAGAACCUCCGCCACUCUCCCCUUUUCAUGCUGGUCAGCCCAGUUGACCAGCUCCAGGGCUGUAGUUCGUCUCAUUAACUUCUGAAAAAACAAAAAUAUACAACAAGCAUGAGAGGGGUAUUAUAAGACCUCAAAUGGAAAAUAUGAUCCAAAUUACUAAUUUCUCUUGAUGUGCAUGUGCACACAGUGUAAGAAUGGAAUUCUUAAGCAUGUUAUACUAUAGAGUCUCCUUGUCCUUUAUUUUUCAUCAAAUGGUCCAUACAAGCUAUCAUUGAUCUCAAAUCACAUCUUGAUAUUUUUCAUUCUUUUCCUCAACUACAGAUCCAUCUUUAAAAUAAUAUUAUACAAUUACCAAAUUUACUUUACAAAGAUUUUCUUUGUAAGGGAGGCUCUAGAUACAGACCAGAAUACAUAAUUCAUUUAACAAUUGCUCUCAUAGGCACAAAACAAUUUUGACAGGACACAGUCCCUUAAAAGUGUCUAUAUGCAAAGCCAUCCAAUUUUGAAGUGGCAAAAAAAAUGCAUUCAGUGGGAAACAUCUUCCCUCCUAUUGAUCAAUGUACUCAAUGGUGCACUGGUAACACUGAACAUCUGUCAGACCCUGUCGUUUGUGAACAGCAGGGUAUAUGAAAAGUAAAAUGUUAAAAUAGUAUCCCAAUAAAUACCUCUCUUUGGCGACCACUCUUUCUUGUUUUUUGUUUAUGUGCCUCAUAGCGAUUACUGCUCUUCAGCUUAUGUGUUUCUAGGCACGUUUUAAAAUAUCUUUGUAAAGCAGCUGUUCAAAGAAAUAAUUAUCAAAAUGCCAUGAGAAGUUGAUUAUAAAAAGAUUCCCAUAUAAAUAAAUGACAAUGUUCAAAUUUAUAAUCAUUUAUGGCUGGCCGCAUAGGAAUAUUUGCCAAGUUAUAUAAAUUUGCAGUAUGUCCUUGGUGAUUCAUUGCUAAGGUGUGAAGUAAGCUUUGUUGAGGAUUUACACUGAACUUAAUGUUUCAGAGACAAGAAAUUAACCUGAAAGUUCUAGUUUGCAACAUUUUAAAUUUCUGCAACAUUUGAGAAAGUUAUUAUGCAAAUUGGGAAAAAAUUAAAAAUAUACCCUUCCUCUUGUCCUAAAUUUGAAACAUAUAAUGAGGGUGCUCAUUAGAAGUUGCAUGAUAUCUAACUGUGUUACUGAAUGCUAGUUCUAUGAUGAAAUUUUUGUUGAGGGAAAAGUGGUUAAAGACACUAACUGAUGGUACAGACUAAAAGCAGGGGUAUCUUUAAGGACUGGGCUAUAGACAAAUUGACCAAUUGUGAGCACGAUUUUGUCUGGAUGUUUUUAAGCCAAGGCCUUCAGUGAAACUCAACUUGUUAUAAAAGAGAUAUACAUCAAUACGCUUAAGUGCCAAAUUCUUAUGCCCACCUGCAAAAAAAUCAUAAUGACACCCCAAUGAAAGUGAAAUGCAUGUGCUAUGAUUAUUGAUAGCUACCUUCAAUGAUAUCCUUUGUCCAGGGACACUUUUCAGGUCCUCCCUGUUGAUGUACAACCUGCUCUACUGUGCGCUCAAAAAUUCCAUAGUUGUUAUCAGAAUUUACUCUGAGACAAGAACAAACACCGUGAUUAAGCCAAGUAUUCUGUUUUAACAGUAUUAACACUUAGACAAAAGCAACAACAAUAAGGUAUUCACAUGCUUAGACUCUGAUUUCACGGUUUAAUCAAUAUAAAGUAAAAUAUCUUUGAAUAUAAUAACAUGUUACUCACUCUUCGUCAAGAUAAAUUCCACCAAAGUCGUCUUUUUUUAAAAGAAGUCUAUAUAUCCUUCUCACGGCUCUCUAAAAGAUUGAAAUAAUUUCAACAAUCAAUUUGUCACCUUUCCCCUAUUUCUACUUCCACGCUUUUUACACAAGUACAAUUAACCUUACCCAUCUGUGUGAUUAAAACAGGGAAAGUCAAAAGGGUUCAAGAGAAAAGAUAAUAACAUGAAUUUUCGUACUGGAUUAUUCUCGUUGAAAGAACAGGGAGGAAAAAACCUUUCUGGUAGACCUGUUUAUGGUAAAGGUUAUUAUCAAGUAAAUGUAACCACACAUAAUUAUGCCAAAUGAUUACCGCCUAAAUAAUUGAGUUAUGCAUAUAAUUUGCGCACCAAACACGUACUCAACAUAAAAGCAAAUCUUCCACGAAACAGAACUGAAUUCAGCAAAUCAUGAACAUAUAUCACAUUAUUUAUGCUCAUCAGUUACGUUUUUCUACUCACUCGACAAGCUGGUGGAACUACUAUCGUCCUUCGCUUCUGUCUAUUUUGGCGCCGACGGACUUUGGCUCCAUUAUCACCAGUUUCAAGACGGUUCUCAAUCCGCUGAAGAGCCUCUAAGUUUGAUUUGUUGCUGCGCUCUUGCUGCUGCCGCAGCUUUUCAUUUUCGCUCGCCAGAGCCCGGUUGCUGCGGAUCAAUUCCUCCAGCAGUACGAUGCAUUCUUCGGACAUGUUACUAUUUCUAAUUGCCGCUGGAACCGCAUUAUCAUCUUGAUUUUGUCCGCGAUCGUUUACUCGUCUUUCUGCCAUUUCCUUCGCUUACUUUCCCUAACCCUGAAUUAACUGUAAAAUAACCAGACAACAAUCGCUUCGUUCGGAUGCUUUGUUAACAGAGUCGUCAACGGAAUUGAGAUUCAAAAAAGCGCGCGAUUAUCCUAUACCAAACCUGGAAGGACCUCCUGUUGAUAUUGUGCCUCGUUGUGAUAUACACUGUACCGAGUGUACUGGGCCUAGCUAACGCUGGCGAGUACGAAAGAAGACUCAAGUGUAAUUGGAAGCAAGGAAACACGGAGGCCUUUUGUGGCGGGAAAACUUCUACUACACGUUCGAUCUUCACUUGUUCAAGCAAACAGCUUUGUACCGAUACCUAAAUUUCAUCAAGGUGAGUUGUUCAUAUAUCUGAAAAUCUAGCCGAAUGAAGGUAAAGGAUAUCUUGUAACAAAGGAAAUUUAUCUAAGCGGCAAGUCACGGCAUCGACGUUAAUUAAUUCGAUGAUAUUUCUUGUGCAAGAAAGUGAUUUUGUUGUGUAAUGAUAUGUGAUCGACGCUUUAUACAAUUGUGAAUUGUUGUCUUUUAAGUGUGAUUAGAACAAUUACGAUAGUAAGCUUGUGAUAAAAAAAGCUUGUAUGUAUGGCAUGCAAACAGAACUCAGUCGAGGACAAAUAAGUAGGGGCAGGGGUGGGAGGUAAUGGACUUUUUUGAAAUAGCGGGUUACUUUUCAACAGUGGAGGAUAUAUACAUUUCUAUUUUGACUAGAAAGGAAUGAAUAACAAGAUAAGCUCAAUUUAAUACAGUCAAAUCAAUAACAAUACAACCAAUACUGUAGAAUUUUUGUUUAGUGGGAGGAGAGAGGAGUGGGCUUAUUAGGGUAAAGACAUUUUAGUCAGGAGGCCUUGAUAGAUAUGGGGUACCUAAAGAGCAGUUGUGGCAUUGAGCUUGCAUGAAUACUGGAGUAUGGUCAUUAAAAACCUCAUGUCAGUGCCAUUUAAGGAAUGUAAGCUUCAUUCCUUGAUUGUAUUUUGAAUUUAAAACUUUUAAGUAAUCAUACAUGAUACUUGUUAAGAACAUAAACAUCAAGGACACUUUUGAAAGUUUGGCAAAAGGAAAAAUUUGCAUUGCAAUUAGGGAUUAAAGUAUGUCCUAAUUCUUAACUGAUUGUCAUCUCCCUUAUAAUAGCUGGUCUGGUUGACUAUUUUUUAGGUUGUGAUGAGUAAUAUCAAUCAAAUAUGCUGAAUCUGCCUGGUGUUGCAAAAUGGUGACUAGUUUCAGAGUUUCAGGCAACAUUGUUUUGGGGGGUGGGACUUGCAAGAAACUUAUUAAGGAGUUUAUUUCAAGAUUUACUUUUUAGUUUGUUAAGUGUAAGGUUGUCAACCACCAAGUAAGGGGAGAGCAGGGUGCUAAGUACUUUGGCCAUGAGUUGUAGCUUCUUGAAUGUCAGGUUUUUUCAAAAUUGUGGAAAUUCCACACAAGUUGCAGAUUACAAGUGAGAGGUUUUUAGUCAUCUUAAUGCUCCUGGAUCAUUGUGAGUGACCACAUUAUUUUUUACUAAGCAUUUUUGGCUUUCUGAUAAACAUUUACUCGUCCAAGGUAAAAUAAGAUAUGCUUAAGGAUAUAUAAAGAAUAUAGAGUAUCAAUGCUUGGUUCAGGCUCCAGAGACAAGUGUCAAAAAAAAUUUUUGACAAAUUAUACAUAAGUAGACAAGACAGGCUUUACACACAAUUUUCAUGUAUUUGAAUGUAUGGCUUCUAAACUGAAAGUAGGUUUGAGUAUGUCAGGUUUUUAAAAAUGUGGAAUCUUUCUGCAAGGUUUGGGUUGUGAGUGACAGAGUUUUAGUCAGAUCUUAAUGCUCCUGGAUCAUUACAAGUGACCACAUUUCUGUUACAUUUACAUUUUUUAACUUUGUGAUAUUGUUGUUUCCUUUGAAAGUGGGUAUAGACAUGACAAAAUCUUCCAAUAACAUAGGCUCUCAUCACUUGGUACAGUCCCAAACUGAACAACUGUUCAUAUGUAGACUAGUCAGUUGUUACCACAAUUUUCUUGUGCUACAAUUGUUUCAGUUGAAAGUAGGUUUCAGCCUGUCAGGUCUUUUUCAAAAUAUGUAAUCUUAAUGCAUGGUACAGCUUACAAGUGACUGCUUUUUGGUCACUGGGCGAAACCAACUGUUUUGUACAUGUAUUUUUGUGCUGGCUUUUCUUCCCUCUGCAUUUAUUUCAUUACCCAAAAUAAGGGAGGGGGCCCUCCCCUAGAUCUGCCACUGGGUUAUAAGCACACGUCAUUUACUUCAAGCACUCUUCUUUUUCAGCUUGAGGAUCAUGUUUCAGAAGAAGACAUUUCACUUCCAAUGGACAAGUUGGAUCACAGAGAGCUAAUGGUAUCUUGUGUAGGAUAGUGAAAGAAAAACAUUAGAAUUUGAGUCCCUUGUGAGGAUUCAAACCUCAUGCAGUCAGCCCAGAGAAGGCAAUCCCAGCUGGGUGGAGAGUUUUGUGCGCUCCUCUCAGUGCUUGUUUAUUUUUGCGUCCCGAGGAGAGGUGCAGUGCAGAUUGCCCAUACUUCGGUCUUACCCUUUGGUACCUCGGCAAUGAUAUGCUCGUAUCGUUUUUAUUUUUAUGCUUUAUGGUUCCUACUUUUUUUUUUAUUUGAUACAUGCACUGAGCCGUUAAAUAGGUCUCAAACCUGGAGGCCAGACCCAUUUCGGUUGUCGGCUGUAACCACCAGAGGAUUGUGUCUGUAUUCGAGCAGGGAUUUAGUUUUCUCUUUUCUCUGGCACACUUGACAUUCAAAGUCAAAGGAAUGCAAAACAACUAUAGCCAAGUUGGAGAGUAUCUGCUUCUUAACUGAACAACAUCAAAAAAUUAUGGCAUUAGCAGAACUGAAUGGUGACUGAAGCUUUCAGAGCUUAAUUGAGAGGGGCCAUAAGAAGUAACUGUCUUUGUUAUAUCAGUCAAAAAUCAGUUAUCUCUCAUACAUACUGGUUGUAAGGUUUUAAAAAUGUCAAGUUUUUCAGUAAGUGGAAUCUCAAUGCCUAGCACAAGCUGCAAAUGUCAAAAUCCAUAUAUUGCCAGGCUCCAGGAAGAUGUAAGUGGGUAUAGACAUUCAACUCUUUCAAGAACAAACUCUCUCUCUCUUUAUUGUCAUUUUUUGUUUGAGACUCUCUCUACAUACAUACUUGUUGUAAGGUUUUAAGAAUGUCAGGGUUUCAGUUAGUGGAAUCUCAAUACCUAGCAUAGGCUGCAAAGGUCAAAGUUAAUAUAUUGCCAGGCCUCAGAAAGAUGUGGAUAGGUUAUAACCACAUUCAUUUCUCUAAACCUAGAUAUUUUGUUCCAAUUUAUUUUGUUUAGUAUUGUUUUUGGAGUUCGGUACAGACUGCAAUUGACAACUUUCUGAGUAAUUUUUUUGAGACAGUCUUAAUCUCUGGUCAAUUUAGGUUCUUUCCUAUAAUUGUUCUUUUAAUACACUGUAUGUAUGAAGUCUUUUGUUAAAGGCUCCUUGUCGCAAUGCUCAUUCAUUUUAUUUUUCAAGGCUUUGAAGUACAUGUAACAGAAUCUGAAAUUUGGAACGUUGAAUGAUGCUGUGUAAUAUUUAGGCUAAUGCAUGCAUACACAGACUCUCUGUAGUUGCAGUCUUUAAAUCUGAAGAAUAUUUCAUUUGUAAUUAUGAAUCUACCUGUUCACAGAUGAAUUUCAGAAAACAAUAUUUUAACUUGUAUACUAUGUGCCCCUAUCUACCCAUUUCACCCCCUAAGAUCUCAAUAUUAUUUUUCUAAAUGCCUUUCAUACAGUUUUUUUGAUAUAUUUGUGAGAAUAUUGAUGUAUUGCUAGUGUGUUAGGGAGAGUUGCUUAUUGACCAUUCCAUGAAGUAAAAGGGUUGGGAACUCCACGUGUUGGGCUUCCAACUGAAACAAUGGCCUCAUUUCACUUUAUUGUAAUAGAAUGUAAUUAUAAACUGACUAUACCUUGCCAAGGUCACAUUUUGUUCCCUUUUGUACUGGAAAGCACACUACUUACUUACUACUUACUUGUACUGGAAAGCAUACUACAGAAUCUACUUGUUCAUAAAAGAUGGAAGCUGGAACCUUAAGUGGAAUCUUUUGAGGGAGAUCACAGUUAAUCUAAAAGCAAUCUUAACUGUAUGAAGUUAUUGGAUAUUUACUUAGUAACCAGCUGAAGUUUAGAAAUACUGUCGAAUAUUCUUAUUACCACAAACUUUUAAAAGCAAUUAGGACUUUCCUCUGUGUAAAGAUACUUACUAUUUCUAAUACGAUGCUCCCUUUACUUGAAAUUUCUUGAAACAAAUCACGGGAAUUUGAAGUCGACCCGAAAGUAUCUGUCAAGUUCGACUUGUUACGUUUUCGCUCAUGCCUUUCGAAAGUUGAACGUGACACGAAGUCAUUACAAUGAGCGCAGUAAUAUAUCCUUUCUUGUCAUCGCACUCCAUGCGUUCUAUAAAGGAGAUGCGAAAAUGAAAACCCGUUGCUUUCAAUUCAGAUAUUUUGACAAAAUUUGCUGCUGCACAUGGCUAAUUUGUGAUGCAUUUCCUAUUGACAGUUCAGAUUACAAUUAGGCUAUCUUUAGUGCGUCAAUUAAAGAUGUCAAAACAGCGAGACUCGUUUAAUUCUCACCUCAAAGGUUAAUUAAAUGUAUAUUAAUUAAAAACCUUCUUUUGUGCCAAAAAAGAGACCACUUAAAGGAUGCUAAAAGAUUUACGUUAUUAAAGUUCACCUUAUGUUCAAUUAAAGAUUCAUGAAAGGUAACUGUUAGCUUUUGAAGAUUUCGGUUUACAAUUAAAGACGCCUAAAGGUUAAGUCAACCUUUAGGGAUGCUUUCCGUUUUGCCUAAAGGCACUGAAAUAAGAGCAUUCGUCCUGUGUCUAUUUUUAUUGAUAGAAGACAUUGUCUUCAUACCAACAAAGAAUCGAUAUGCGACAACUCUUUCGAAAUAAGAAAGGUUCAGUUGCUAAUGAUGAUAAUAAGGAUGAUGACAGUGAUGAUAAUAUCGUUACUGAUCCUCUAUGAGGGAAAUCAAAAGUUAAUAGCCCCAAAAGUUUCAUUUAAGCUGAUUUCAUUGUGUGUUUCAAUUUAAGUUCAUUUGUACAGAUUUCUCGCUCAAUCUGCUUUAUCGGUCGUCCGUUUGCCUCUCCGACUCAAUUGCUCACUCCAUUUAUGUAAACUCAUGAGCAAAAUGUAACUUUUCUCUUGAUUGAUUGAUUCGUUAGUUUAUACAACACUUUCCUUUUUUUCGCGAUCUCAUUUCGCAGCUUGCACGGAUCUUCACGCUAAACUGGAAUGCCCCAUCUCGCUUAUUUAUGAGGAGGCCAUGGAAUGUGAAGAUGAAGGAGCUGCUAAAUUUUCCAAUGAAGGUGAUCACACCUGUAGGUGAGUUGGGCUCUAACACAGUCCUUAAUCCCUAGGAGGAGGGGAUUGUACUUCUAGGCUAAUGAGGAAAUGACCGGAUUGACUAUGAUGGGUUUGCUAUUUCAACAGAGGUCAGUAGAAAUGGCGUCCUAAAUUUUCGGGAAUUUGGGGGUUGAAAAUUCUGGUUAGUAACGAUUGUAAGAUAGCGAAGAUUCACUGUUAAAAGUUGGAACCGUAUAACCAAACGUGGCUCAAAAAACAUGUUACAUUUCUUAUAAGCAGCGAAUGCGGAAAUCAUUACACGUAGAAAAGCUUCCUCAACUCCCAACAUAAAAAUAAAAUGAUUUCUCAUUUCCGUAAUUUUUCCUUGCAAAGAAAAUUAAAUUCUUAUUUAGGAGAUGCCUUCAAAUUAGUGAAUUAAAAAACAGGAUUCUACGAGGAAAAUGAAACCACCAUGAUGAUUAAUAAUGGUAAUAGGACUGAGUGGAGUCCUAUGAGCAGUUAUUGUGAUUAACAGAAUCGAACGACCGCGGAGCGGGAGUCCGAUUUUGUUAAUCACCCGCAUCACAACAGACAGAAUUGGACGACAAGAAGUCCUGUUACCGAUUAAUUUCCGAAAAAACAAAUACACCUAGAACAAAUAUCUCCGGUGGAGUGUCUUGGGUCAGUAAUGUGUUGAUUUAAUAAUUCUUCCAUUUUGGAAAUUCUCCAGUUUGUUUUUUUGUUUUUUUGUUUUUUUAAGUGGUUUUUGCUAUGGUUAUUGUGAUCAAUUCUGUGAUUGGUGGAUUUAGUUGAGUGGACUUAGUAUAAUUGGCUGCCUCAAUUGUCCGAUCAGUCAUAGCCGACAGCAAGGUUAUCAACAUAAGGAAUAAAAGGGUUAGAGAAGUGACUCAUGAGCUAUGAGGAUUCUUACCAAGAUGUUUCCUUUACCAAUGACAUGUAAUUCUAAACAUAUUAAAGCGAAGUACCAUAAAAACAGGCAAAGUGUAUUACCGUGUGGAUUUACUGUAUUACUCAUAAAUUAUCGUCAAUAACUCUGUGGCCUAGUCAAUAUAGUUAUGGAAAUAUUUUGGAGACACACCCUGUUGGUUCUCGUGCGUGUAAAAUGGUUAAAAUUUAUGUGAGUUUGAGGUGAAAGCAGCUGAGAGGUGUUUGUGGUAAAUGUCACGUUUGACCUAGCUAGUGCAAAUUCAUCAUAAACGUGUCUGUGUGUGAGAAAAACGUAAUGUCCCUUAUUUUUCAGCAAAGAGAAUGAUAGGAACAGAAAAUGCCUCGAAAAUAGACUUGGCACUUGUAAGACAACUAUGAAAAAUAUAGAGGACACACAGAAAGCUCUUCAAGCGACUUUGACUAAUGAGCGCCUGUUUUGCAACAACGUGAGCCUGGACACGAGCGAGCUGCAUCCUAGUGUGUUACCCCUUGUGGAUUGUGAUGACGAGUUCUUUAACGAGGCAGAAAAUUGCGCUAGAACGUUUCGUAAUACCUAUCAAACUUCAACAACGGCGGACCGGCAAAGCGGAGUAACUUGCAGGUUCGUGCACUUCAUCGGUAGUUACUUUUUCUCCUACUUUGAUAUUUUUCAUGAUUGUUAGAUUAGAGUCAUUGACUAAACAAAUGCUUAAAUAAUGUUUCUAUGUAAAAGAUUUCGUCAUCAAACCCCCGCUUUCUUAGUCAUCCUUACUUAAAUCUAUCGAAGUUCGGAUUUUGCAGCAUGUUACAAAUGAAAACUGUAUAAAUAUCGGUGAGUGGAUAAGGAAAAUAAGAUCUCGAAUUGCCCAGAUCUCGCUAAUGAUCACUAUUUAUCAUCUAGGGGAGGAGGGGGGGGGGGGAAGAGUUCGCAGGAUUAUGUCACAAUGAAAUUUCCUACUCCUCCCAGACGGCUCUCUAAUGAUCUAAUGACCCCCCCUUUCAUAGGUAUUAAAUUUCUAUGCUCCUUCCUCUCAACUCUGUUAAGGACGACUGAUUCCCCUCCGUCCCCCCCCCCCCAAAAAAAAACCUUUUGACCCUCCUUAAAGUCCUAUAAACCCCCUUCCCUCCCCGCAGAGCGAUAAAUAAUGACUGGUUUCUACUUAUUGUACUUUUGUGUUGUCCUGUUACAGCGUCUAUAUGAAUAAUUAUCAGGAAGCCCGGGAAUGUAUCAACAAUGCUCGAAAAAUUCACUGCAAUUUUCAACAGGAAGUUCUCGACACCACCGCCACCAUAAAUAAUCCCUUCUGUUCUCAUGGCAACACCAAACAUUCAAGUGCAUUGCUCCGGUUGGUUGCCAGCCUUGUGCCGCUCCUUCUCUUUCUGUCAGUAAAAUAAAUGCACUCGUGUGCCUCUCGUUUGAUGAAACUCGACCAGCGGUUUGUGCACACCCUCAUGAACUUAUAUGAAUAGAGAUAAUGCCAUCGAUAGGAAAACUUAAAGUGUAAAUCUGCUUCGAGACCGCGCGAAACACAAGCCGAAAAAGAUCAGACGCAAAAUAACCUUGAUAGAAUUUACUAUUAAACAAAAAAGAAAGAAAAAAAAACAUGAUUUGGGGAAAUUUUCUGCUUAUUCUAGUGCACUCUCUUUGUUUGAAUCUAUAGUUCUUAGCCGUCCGUUAACCUAUGGUCGAAACGUUCGACACAUGAUUGAUCAUUCAAAUUCAUUCAUUUUUGCCUAACUGCUGCUGGGAUGUUCGUUGACGCCGUGAGAAAAUAGAGUUCCUUUUGGGUGGAACAUCUCCUUAUAGCCCAUUCGGGAAGUGCCCGAGCAACUAUGAGUGUGUACGCGAAUAUUUUAGAAUAUACAAAGAGACUCCGAAUAUCUGACAUCUUACGGCUAACAUAGCAUACCCUAGAACCAUACAUUAAAUACAGUUUGGCACUUUGUGGAAAGACGUCAGUCUAGUAGUACUCUGAGUGAAAUUGUCUGAUUAGUGGCACACAUUAAAUUGACUACAACAGUUUUGUUAAACAUAUUUACUUAAUUUCAAUUAAAUCCUUAUAAGCAAAGAAGAAUCCAAACAGAUCAGAA